AUGAUUUUGUUCCUGAUAAGUAUUAGUAUCCACAACUGCACACAUGAUCAAUUCAUGAAGAACAUCCCCCGAUAUUCUGCAAAAGCGUAUUCCAAGCGUUCACUUAAAUCCCCGACCUGGGAAAACAUUCGAAUUACAUUCGAUUACCGCUAUAUGGAUAAAACAAUUGAUGAUGGUAAGACGUGUUAUAGUUCAAGUUCUUGCUCUAGUGAAGAUGUUCUCACAGAUGCGAAAAUAAAUGUAGUAAAACAGACAAUGGAGAAUGUUAGGAAUUUCCUUCAGAGAUUAUUGAAAGUAAUUCCGAAUACAAAACCAAUAGAUGUCCAAAAUUUUGGAGGUGAUACUAAUUAUCGUCUUCCAUACCGAGUUACAAACACCGACUUAUAUAUGGGCAUCAUGGUUAGGACAUAUGGUGUAAACGGUAUAGUAGCAGAAGCUGGAUCUAAUGUUCAUGAUGAUAUAUAUUCUCGACCUUUAGCUGGAAUCGUUUUGAUUAAUGCAAGAAAAAUACCUGCAAGUGCACAAGAUGAAAACUCUAAUGAUAAUGAAUUUUUCUAUGUUUGUAUCCAUGAAAUUUUCCAUGCUCUGGGAAUUGAAGGCGGUCAGUUUUAUAACUAUCAUCCCUAUGAAUCAACAACUAGGCAUAAUCAAAUAACCUGUUCAUUUACGAAAUACGGUAGGUAUUUUAACUUCCUAGUUACACCAUAUGCUCACAAUUUUGCAGUUAAACAAUUUGGAGUCGAAACAUUCCAAGGAGACGACGGAAGUUGCCCAUCUGGUAUCGAAAUUGAAGAUGCAUGUGGUGGUGGAACUGCUGGCAGCCACUUAGAAGGAAGAGUAUAUAUGACGGAGCUGAUGACAGGCCAGACAAUUCAAACAGAAUCAGGAUCUUUCAAUAGAUUAACUGAUGCAUCAAUGGCAAUUCUUCAAGAUACCGGAAACUACAAAGUUGAUUGGCGCAUGGGUCAACCUCUUGUUUGGGGACAUCCAGAAUCAAUUGAUGGCAAUCCUAUCAAGGAUUUCGCCCUCGGUCCACCACAAAGAGUAUUUCCAGAACUCUACAUUUGGAAUGGAAACCAGAGAGAUACUUUGCCUUAUACCGGAUUUGACUUUAAGUUUUGGGGCCCCGCCAAGCAUGUCGGACCACCAUCAUGUCCCGGACACAGUUAUUGCGAUGCAAAAUCAUUCUAUAAUCCAAACAAUUAUAUCACCAUUAGUGAUUCUGCUGUUUUCGAUUAUAUGAAGUUUAUUUACCCUAAUAACGUCUGUCCAAGAGGAGAAGCUGCAAUUCCUUCAACAUAUUACGGCCUUCAGUGCUCCACCUAUCAAUGCAAUGGCUAUGAAAGUUUUACUUAUGAUGUGAAAAAGGAAAGAGGAUAUUAUAGACUUACAUGUGACAAAUCAAAUGUGGGCCAAAGGCUUAAUGCCGCAAUUGAUAGAUAUCAUCCUAGAACUAUUUGGUGUCCUGAUCCAGAAAGAUUUUGCAGAACAAUGAAACUUUAUGAGAUGCAUUUCAGAAACGAUCCAUUCCUUAAUUAUACAAAGCAACUUGUUGAUGUUCCUCCUCCAGCAACACCCACACCUACACCUCAGACACCAACUCCAAACACUCCAACUCCACAGACACCAACACCAAAGACACCCACUCCACACACACCAACACCAAAGACACCAACACCAAAUCUUCCAACUCAAAAGACUCAAAUAGAAAGUAGUGUAUCAACAGUUACAGAAGAACCUGACCCUACUAUUAAGUCGGAAAUUGAGUCAGGUAGCCCGGAAAAAGGAAACCCAGCAGUUGAAGAAGAGGAUACUAAAUCAAGUGAUAAAGGAGGAGAUAACAAUGCAAGCUCUGGCAAAAUAUUUGGUGGCCUUAGCAAGAAGAACUGGAUUAUUAUUGGUGCUGCUGCAGGUGGUGCCCUUCUUCUUAUAAUCAUCAUCGUUUCUGUUAUUGCUGUUAAGAAACAUAAAGCAUCACAAUCGGAUAGCGAUGAUGAAAUUCUUCAUACUGACUUCCUCGUUUAA